AUUUAAGCGACAGGUGAUAGCCUUGAGAGUUGAAUUACAAAUAUUGUAAUUAUAAAUCACAUUUUUCGUUAUGAGGUCCAAACCAUUUCUUCCAUCAGCUGGUAGCAGCAACCAAAAUAGACAUGAGUUUUAGCUCCUUUACUAGAACCACCUAUUAAAUAGUGAAAUGGCCCCAGGGAUAAGGAGGAAAAUAAACCAAUACACUGGCUGCACUUCAUUUAUUACUGAGAGCUGGUUGCUGUGUUUAGAUCCAUCUUUCCCUCAGACCUACAAAAACAGUAUCUGAGUUGAGUUUAGUUGACCGUAGUUUUGAUGAUUCCGGAGAUGUAAAUGUGCUGGUUUUGAAAGUAGGAAGAAGAUGCAAGCCAACCCCAUUCGUAUCCCAUCUGUUAGCAAUGACAUCGACUGGGACUUCUGCUUCCAUCUGUCACAACAAACCAAGAUCCCAGCACAUCAACAAACAGAUGCGUUGUAUUCCUCUGGUGGGUCUGGAGAGAGUGAAGAAGAAACUAAAGCCAAGGAUGAGGAGUUGGCCAUAGACUGUGUGUUUCUUCCCAAAGACAAAUUAGCUCAAUCCCAGAAGAAAAUUGCUCAACUGAUUAAGGAAAAAAUGAAUACCCAAGCAAACAAGGAGCUGAUUCGAUGUGUCAUCCUUUCUCGGAUUAUUUUUGGGGAAGAUCACUGGAAAUGUGCACAGGCUUUGGCCAGCCUAGCUUAUGGCUACCUGACAUUGAGAGGUCUCCCAGUUCAGGCUAAGAAACAUGCUGAGUCUGCCAAGAGCACACUGUUGACCUGGAAGGCAAACAUGACCUCAGACAAGGAGAAAAAGGAAAUCCUGGAAACUCUGGUCAUGCUCUACUACACUCUUGGGGUGGCCUGGCUCCUGCAGAACCAUGGCAGAGAGGCCUAUUUCAACCUGCAGAAGGCAGAGGAAAACAUGAAGGAACUGAAAGAAUUUCGUAAGGGAGGCAUUUGUGGAUUGCAAGUCACAGAGAAAGAACUAACAAUUGCUUUGGGCAGAGCCUCCUUGGCCAUCCACAGGCUGAACCUAGCUCUGACAUACUUUGAAAAGGCAAUUGGCAAUGUUAUUGCUGCCAAAGGUGACAGGACGUCAGAUCUGAUUAGUCUAUAUGAGGAAAUUGCUCAGAUCGAGCAGCUGAGGAAGAACCACGACCAAGCCAUCCAGUACUUGCAGCAGGCUUAUUCUAUCUGUGUUUCUGUGUUCACUGAAGUCAACCCUAAAACUGCAGAAACAAGCGCAUUACUUGCCAAAGCUUAUGCCAUGUCUGGAGAGGCCCAGCACAGCGAUGCUGUUGAGAUAUAUUUUAUAAAAAGUAUCAGUGCGUAUCAAGCAACAUUGGGCUCAAAGGAUUUUGAAACACUGAACACCAUUGAAGAAUUUUGCAAAUGGCUUAUCCAAAAUGGGGAAAAACAGGAGGCUUACCCUCUACUUAAGGCUUCAUUGAAGUCCCAGGUCAACAGCUACGAUGACUAUAGUGAAAAAGUGGCUGAAACUUUUUAUAACAUGAGCAGGAUCUGCUUUGCCAAAGGAGAACUUGGAAAGGCAAUUCAGCUGCUAAAGAAGUGUCUGAUGAUUCAAAUCCUUGUAUAUGGAAAUGAACACAGUAAAAGCAGAGAGACAAAAAACAUCCUUACCCUGUUGCAGAGGGCAAGUAACAAUUCAUCCCAAUGGAAAAGAGAAGCCAUUCUCGGAAAAAGGAACUCUAUAUGCAAAGGCACAGAGGCGUGACAGAGGGCAGUGUUUCACAGGAAUGGUCUUCUAUUAUCAGUAAAUAGAAAACAUCUAUACAAGAUAGCCAACAAUAAAAGGCAACCUUAUUGAUAAUAAAAAUUCUGGAACACAAAAUAUGUUUACCAACACUGAUAGCAAUGGCAGAUCAAACGCAGAUGAACAGUUUUUCACUAAGGACUCUGGAAAAAAAGAUCCACUUAGCAGAAGCAUUACAGGUAAAAUACCCAAGAACCAUUAGAAACCAGGAUCCUUUUCUAUUAACUUGGGGGAAAGAAAUCUUUAGACACAUGCUUUAAGUUUAGUUUCCUAUGUCACUGGGACUCCAUUACCUUCUAUUUCCCCUUUUUUAACUCAAAUUCUAUUCCUUUCAGUUCUAAUUUUUUUUUUUUAAAUUUACAAUACCUAAGCAGUUUUAUUGGUGAACAUUUUAAUGUACUAUAAUUGACCCUUGAACAACUCAGGGGUUAGGGGCACCAAUGCUUCAUGCAUUCAAAAUCCACAUAUUACUGUGGAAUCACUCCAAAUUUUACUAAUAGUCUGCUGUUGACCAGAAGCCUUACCGAUAACAAAAAAAGUUAACACAUGAUUUGUGUUUUACGUAUUACAUACUGACUGUAUUCUUACAAUGAAGUUAGAGGAAAUUUUCUUAAGAAAAUCAUAAUGUAAAUACAUUUACAGUACUGUACUGCACUUAUUGAUACCAUAAGUUUAUGUUGUCUGUUUACAAGAUGAAUCUUCUGCAAUGACGGCAAGUGCAGCUGCAGACAUCAAUCUAGUUAGGGUACAUAUCAAGCAAUUCAUCUUUUUCUAUAACAUCAUGACUUUCCUCUGCUUCUUGGGAGCACUUUCAGCACCAUUAGUGGCACUUUGUAUGGGUUCCAUGAUGUUAUUUUAGGUUUACAGUAUUGCACUAAACAUGAUGAAAAAUACACAAGAACUGUGAGAAAUCACUUUUUGCUGUGAUACACAAUUUACUGGACAGAUAAACUGCUCAUGCAGAGAUGAUCAGCAUCACAUGGCAUUUUAAGUGGAUACUCACAACACUUGAGCUUCAACACGAGCUCACCACAAUAGCAACAACAGGAAGUGGCAAUGAAAUUAUUACAGUAUGGUAGUGCAGUAUGUACUGUAGGGAAUUUUAUGUAGUCAUGACUUAAUUCUGCAUAUUUACAUUGGAUUAUGUUUUUCUUGACUGCGAAUGGCACCAUGUACAGCCUGUUUAUGUGUGUAAGUUUUGAUAAAUUUUAACUUUUCAUGACUUGUGUGAUUUUCAUGACUAACACAUAUAUUUUAUACAUUCCUGACAUACCUAACUUAAAAAAUGUUUUUCAAUAUUUCUAGACUACAAGGUUCAUCUGAGUUUUUCCAAAUUGUUGCAAAACUCCCCAAAUUUUCCAAUAUAAUUAGUGAAAAAAAUCCACAUAUAAGUGUACCCAUGCAAUUCAAACCCGUGUUGUUCAAGGGUCAACUGUAUUUGGAAGUGUUUAGUCACCUAUUUGAGCUCACUGAAACUGCCACGUUUGAUCCUUCUGAAACAUUUGCCCUGAUCUGAUUUGCUGAAGUAAGUAUUCAUGUUAUUUUAUAAAUGAAGAAACUAGGGACGAGAGAUUAAGUAAUUUGUUCAAGAUUAGCCUGGUAAUUAUAAAACUGACUUCUUGAAUCACAGAUGAUUACUCUUUCCAUUCCAUUAUGCUACCUCCACUAAACCGAAUUAAAAAGGAAUACUCACUGAGAUUGUUCAUGAAUAAAAUCCUUAGCCCUUGAACAAGUGUAUAUCUAGGAAAAGA